AUGGAGAGAACUAGAAGUUAUUCAAGUGGAUUUUGGGUUUUGCUACUGGUAACGACCUUGGCUGCUCCCGUCCUUAGUGAGGCUGGGGUUGGUCUAUUUAACGCUAGACUAAAACAAAUCGUCACCUCCAGCACGCUUAAAUGGGCCAACUUGAAGAAUGAAGCCAUGGAAAAUUAUGUUAUCGGGGCAAUUACAGAAUCAGGUGAGCCCAUAUACCUCUGCAGAACAAGACAUGAAGGCGACAUGUUGAUUGGGCAGUUAAGACCCGAUUACAACUCCUGCGCAGUUUCGGGGACCAAAAGCUACACCAUAUUCGAAGUCAUGGAGAACAUUGAAAACGCCUCGUUAAUUAUAUGGACGCCUUGGUACAAAUUUAACUCAAAACCAAGCGGCGCUGUUGCAGUGGAUUCUUCACUCGAUACCACUUUUGUUGGAAGAAUUAAGGCAAACAUUGGUUAUUCACACAAUAUCGGAAGAAUUAACUACGAAAGCACGGUUGGCGAACUUAUAUCAUUUGAUGAAGAAAAUAACGAAUUAGUGGAAAAUAAUGGUGAAAUUCUAAUCGAAGUAGAACCGGUUAGUUACAAAUUGGAUAACGUGGAACUCGACUUACAUACACAACAUGUACGACAGUCGGACCCACAAGUCUUUGAAGAAAGACUCUUGAGAAAUGAUGACGACGUCGCUGCAACAGUAACAACGGAAAUAGAAUACAAAUUCAACUACACAUUAUCCUGGGGUCACGGGCACGGAAUAGCAAUCGGGCUCAACACGACAAUAGAAAUGAGCGACGGAACUCAAUUUCCACAAAUUGAAUGGGCCAACCCCUACAAAGAGGAGAAGAAAGAGCUGUACACACUUCAGAUAUUCUUGGAACCUGGCACAGCUUGCAACGUUAGCUUCAGGGGUAACACUACGGAUCGUGAUGUUCAGUAUACCGCUAAACUCACAACAUACUAUAAAGACAAUAACGCUCGAUCUAGACACAUUCGUGGUGAGCGGAUUGAAAACACCGUGGAGGUUGAGGCUGUUUAUGGCGAAAUUUACUACAUGUCUAACAACACAUUGGUGCCAACUACAACUACAACAACUACAACCACUACAACAACAACGACGACGACAACAGUUCUACCACCCCUCCCACCAUCGGUGGAAAAGAACGACAUCGGCAUGAUCAUGGACAGCAACAGUAUUUUAGAAGACAGCAGCGAAGAUAUGGUAAAAGGGCCACCAGAAAAAGAAGACAUCAACAGAUCCGUCGUUGGUGGUUUAGGAAGCCAUCCAAACUCUGGUUUCAAGAUAAGGGUCACUUCUAUUGCACUGCUAAUUCCAUUCGCGUUGUUACUUUAA